AUGGUCGCCGGUGCGCGCGCGGGCAAGACGGCCUUCCUCCGCACCCUGCUCGACACCGCGGACAUUGCCACGAGCGCGACGGCGGAACAGCUGAACGGAGUCGCCGCCUUUGCGGCCGGCGCGGCGGGGCCCACUGUGGGGAUCCGGACCUGCAGCGUGGACGUCGCGGUGGCAGACGGCGCGGUCAUCCGCCUGAACGUCGUGGACACGCCCGGGACGAACGAGGGCGGGGUCGCCGCACCCGGCCGGGCCGAGCAGGUGUUGAGCGAGCUCGUCCGGUUCGUCGGCGACCGGUUCGCCGAGACCCUGGCAGCCGGCGGGCGCAGCGCCAACGACCGGCACGUCCAUCUGUGCGUCUACAUGCUCGACCCGGACGCCAUCGUCGCACCCACCACCGCCCUCGCCCGUGCCGCUCUCCCGCCUUCGGAAGUUGCCGCGAUCCAGCGCCUCAGCUCCCGCGUUAACGUCCUCCCAGUCGUCGCCCGCGCAGACACCCUGACGUCCGACAGGCUGGCGUCCGUCAAGCUCGCCGUUCGCCGCGACUUGGCAGACGCCGGCAUCGGUUUCGGAAUAUUCGACCUCGACGAUGCGCAGGCCCAGGACGCGGCCGCCCCUUCGUUUCUCCGCCUGCCGUACGCCUUGUUCGCCCCGGACUGCUACGGCCACACAGACGGAGUCGGCCGCCAGGUGCUCUCCAGGCACGAGCUCCUGCAGACCUAUACGCCCACCGGCGGACGCGCCCACGGCCGGCUCGUGCUCGGCAAGUACACGCGCGCCUACCGCUGGGGCCACGCCGACGUCCUCGACCACACCCACUGCGACUUUCUCCCCCUCCGCCACGCCAUCUUCCACCACAGAGAGACGCUCCAGAAAUACACCCGCGACUAUCUGUACGAAAAGUUCGUAAAGGAGCUCCCGGCCCCGCCCACGCUCACUACGCGUCCCAUCCUUACCAUUGACGCCGCUCCGAUCUACCCGACCAACGCCGCGCCUCUCCCGGUAGCUGUUCCCCCGCAACAGCAACCGCCGUCACAGCCUUCGGCGCCCGCAACCUCGCGCGCGAAGAAAAUCACGAUCGCCUGCAACUUUUGCCGCUCGCGCAAGCUCAAAUGCGAUGGCGCGCGCCCCGCGUGCCAUCAAUGUCAGAAACGCGCGCACGCGUGCGAUUACCAGGCGCCCGCGCGUGGCGGAGCAGGCGCGCGCCGGAAACGGCCGAGCGCGAGCUCCGGUGGCGAGGCUGAGAAUGGGGAAGACAGCGAUCCGGAUGCGGAAGGAGAGCUGGAUGCCGGAUCGGCCAGUCCGGUCGCGCGCUCGGCGCAUACGCCCGAUCACGAAGACGCCCAUGUCGCAAACGGCAAUGGAAAUGCUGGGGGACAGUUCUACGAUCACCCACCGCCCGCGACGAUGCUCGCCGCGUUAGCAGCGAGCGCAGGAGGCAUGAAGAGCGAGCCUGUGCUUCCCAGCUCGCUCGAGCCACAUAGACUCAUGCCUCCAUUGCCGCCUCCACAUGCAAUGUCUUUGCCUGCACCCAACGUGCCCAUGCAGCACCACGCGCUCGCCUUACAACACGUGCUGCAUGAUCCCGCAAGCGUCUUGCCACCUAUUCGCGACCUUUCGCAGCCUGGUCCUCCCGAGGCGGGGCCUAGCUCGACUCCGGGGAACAGUCCGCAGGCUGGCCGGAAACGGGCGGCUACGACUGGACAAGGCAAAGCAAGGACAAAUGCCGGCUAUGGCCCGAAGGUCGUCGCAUGCAAUCACUGCCGGGCUCGCAAAACGAAAUGUGACGGCCAACACCCGACCUGUGCGUCAUGCGCCCGACGGAAUCUCACCUGCAACUAUGUCAACGACCCCAGCCAACCCUCUCGCCGACGCGCAAGUCACACCGCCGGCCAGACGCAAACGACAUCCCCGCCCCACCAAUCCCAACCCCAACCGCAGUUACCAGGGCAGAUGGACGGCAGCCCGCUCACGCUCAGCCAAGGGCCGACACCACCGGGACUGAUCAUGAACGGAAACUACGCCAAUGGCAAUGGGCACGUCAAGCGUGAACUCGAACUCGACAAUGGCGAUGGACCCGAUGGAUCACCUGGUCGCGGCGACCCAAAGCGCAUGCGGCUCGUCAACGGAAUCGCGUAG